UGGGGCACCGGCUCUUCUCGAACGGUCGAGGUGGAGGUCGAUGCCACGGUCAUUUGCAAGUGGAAAGCCGAGGAGAACGCCGAGCUGACGCAUUCAUAUUACUGUUUCAUUGGCAUUCGCCAGCGAGGUAGCACGUCCCACUUCGCCAUGAUGCCGCUGGGCGCGUAUCACGCUUUCUGCAAGGAGAUCCUUGGCGACCGCAAGUACAAUCUGCUGCUCAUGACAGACGGCGCGGGCUGCUACAAGUGCCGCUGCUCGGAUUGCGUCGUGCGGUUCGAGGAGCACCACAGCGUGAACCACUCCAGGAAGCCGAAGGCCGAGUUUUCCCGGCCCAUCCCCGCGGUCGUCGCCGACGUCGACACGGGCCACACGAGGGGAUCUAUGGCUGGCACGAUGACGAUCGACAAAGAAUGGGAUCUUCUCAAGGAGCCUUUGCCACGGAACCUGACUGCCCGCACUGUGGAGGACGUCGAUAGGACGGACGGCUACGUGAGGUCUCAGCAAUGGCGGCGCUUGGUCGGCAACGACGAUCGAUGGUCGGCUUUUCUCGACGCAGCCAGGGACAUUCCCAAGAGGCACCCGCACGCCAUCGCGACGGGCAUGCCGACGGCCGCGGCCCCGAGCAUCGUGACGGGCAGGUUCUCGGACGGCGACUUGGAGGUGGCACGCGGCAUUGUGGUGGCUCAGACAGAUGAUCCCCCCGACCUUCACGUGAGCGAUGGAGGAUGGUACUCCCACUCCGUGCUGGCGACUGUUCUGGAGUCCGUCGUCCCUCCGUCGUGGCGAAUGUUGUUGCGGCCUCUCUUGCCGUCUUCGUGGCAGGCAUUCACGAGCAGCGACGACAUGUUGGGGGCGCUGGCCUGGUGGCGGAUUCUCAAGCACAACGACCGCGUGUGGCACGUAGACAGCCUCCGUGAACCCGCCAUUCUAGACGAGGCAGCCUUCGGCAGGGCGCUCCGGAGGCAUCCGAUGGCGUUUCCCAUCGUGACCAAUUCAUACCAGGAGUGA